AUGAGACCCUCUUCCAAGGACACCAUUGCCAAGGGAUUCGUCGGAUACAAAGAGGAGGUUUUCCGUCACAACUGGUACAGUGCAUACAGGCCGUCGAGGAUCGACGAUUCGGAUCAGGGAUUCUUCUCCGUCUUUGCCGUUUUCUUCCCUUCCGUCACCGGCAUUGCCGCUGGUGCUAACAUGUCCGGAGAUCUCAAGGACCCAGGAUCGGCGAUCCCGAAAGGAACCCUCGUGGCCGUCUUCAUUACGUUCACCUCUUACAUCGGGUACGGGAUGAUGUCGGGCGCGUGUUCUGUCCGAGAGGCUUCGGGUAAUCCAGAAGAAGUCCUCGACAUGGAGAACCUCUCCAGCGUAUUUCUGCAUCCGGCCUUCAACUGCACGGGAAGAGACUGUGAAUGGGGUCUUCUGCAGAACAGCCAGAUGAUGACUGUCGUCUCCGCUUGGGGUCCUCUCAUCUACGGAGGAUGCUUCGCUGCCACCCUCUCCUCUGCCAUUGCCAGCAUCGUCGGUGGACCUCGAGUCUUCCAGGUGGAAUUCCAUCUCAUCGAGUCGACUGGAAGAAAUUUUCCUCCUGACAGUCCUUUCUGUCCCAUAGGCAUUGGCCAAAGACCGACUGUACCCAGGGCUCCACUUCUUUGCAGUCGGGCAUGGACCAAACAACGAUCCUCUAAGGGGAUAUAUCGCCUGCUUCCUUCUCAGCAUUGCUUGCAUACUCAUCGGUUCAUCAAUUCAUAUUCGAUCCAUCAUCUCUCUCGCUUUCUCUAUAUUUAUCUUACCCUCUAUCGCGCAAGUAAGGCAACCUGCAAAGGCAGUCUCCAUCUACAUCUCAUCAUUGCAUGCUUGACUCUUGCAGCUGACCUGAACGCUGUGGCGACGCUGCAGGUUAACUUCUAUCUCGCCGCUUACGGACUCAUCAACUUCUCUGCCUUCCAUUCCAGCUUCACCAAAUACCCUGGCUGGCGUCCUUCCUUCAAGUUCUACAAUCUAUGGUUGAGCCUGUUGGGAACGGGGAUUUGCGCGACCGUCAUGUUCCUAAUCCAAUGGGAUGUUGCCCUCGCCACCUUCGCCGUCACUCUUAUCCUGUAUCUCUAUGUCUCUUACAGGCGACCAGAUGCGAACUGGGGUUCGAGCACGCAGGCACUUGCGAGCACGAACGCAUUGAGAUAUGUGCAAAGCAUGAAUCGGGUGGAAAAUCACGUGAAGACGUACAGACCCCAGGUCCUGGUCCUAGCCGGACAUCCGAGCACUAGGCCUGCCCUCAUGGACUUUGCUCAUUUGAUCACCAAGUCUUAUGCCCUUCUGAUUGUUGGUCACGUCAACCGGGAUCCUUUCAAGUACGAAAACCGGGUGUCCCUCAUUCAGAAAGGAUACGCUUGGCUCAACCGUCAUCACAUCAAGGGAUUCUACGACGUGGUCGAGAGCGACUGCCUCGACCUAGGAACCAAAGCGUUGUUACAAUUGUCUGGAUUGGGGAGACUCCGUCCCAACAUGGUUCUUUUAGGGUUUAAGGCUGAUUGGACCGAAUGCGACCCCGUUGAAACUCUUCGAUACGUCAACAUCCUCCACGAUGCCUUCGACAAUUGCUUGGCCGUGGGGAUCCUCCGACUCAAAAGUGGACUUGACUUUUCUCGUUACGUCGAGGAGGACAGGAAGUCUGCAGAGAAGCUCAACGUCUCCAAAUGCUCCGAGAUAACGAAAGGUGAAUCGGAAACGCAGUCAACUUCCUCAGGAGAAGAGCAGGCUCACAAAAGCGAGCCGAGUGAGAAACCGCGCAGUGGCGAAAUGACUCUCACGUACUGUGGAAUCGAAGGAUCCGCCUUACCCAAGGACGUUUUAAAUAGCAUCACCCGAUUCCAACAUCCCCUGAAGAAGGGAACCCGGAUGGACGUCUGGUGGCUGUACGACGACGGAGGACUCACCAUCCUCCUCCCUUACAUCUUGAAGCAGAGGGCCCAGUUCUCCUUCGCCUCCCUCAGGAUCUUUUCCCUCGCCUCCUCCAAGGGAGAACUGGAACACGAACAGAGAAGCAUGGCAGCGCUGUUGAGCAAGUUUCGGAUCGACUACAGUGACGUGGUUGUCAUCCCGGACGUGCAGAGAAUGGCCGCCGACCAGACACGCCAGGAAUUUCAUGCCCUCAUCGAUCCUUUCAAGGAGACCGCCAACGAAUCUCGAGAAGAAGGGACUUACAUUCCGGAUGCAGAGUACCUGGCGAACAAGGACAAGAGCAAUCGGCAGAUGAGACUCCGUGAACUCCUUCUCGAAUACUCUCUCGAUGCCUCCCUCGUUGUCAUGACUUUGCCGAUGCCACGAAUGGGGACGGUAUCGGCCCCACUCUAUAUGGCCUGGUUGGAGACGCUCACCAAGGAUAUGCCUCCAUUCCUCCUAGUCAGGGGAAAUCAGACCUCCGUUCUCACUUUCUACUCCUGAACGUUGUUCUUCUCUUCGUCCCGACCCUUCCGUGCAUUCUGUCUGGUGUUUUUAUUUGAAGUGCACAUCCCCGUCUAGACAUUUUUCAACCGCUCGCAUGCUUUUGUUGCAAUGCCGAGGUUUACGCGUAUUACGAGGUUUUAAUCAGAAUGUAUCGAUCUCGAUGUUUUAUAGGUUUAUUUUUUGUUGGUGCAAAUGUUGUGGGAUCAUAGAAUGCUUUAGGCGUUUGUAAAAUGCCUACCUUCAUCAAUUCGUAUCGUUUAUCCUACCCACUCCUUUUUCCCG